CACCGUAAUAUUAAAUGUACCAACAAUCCCAGAGCAGAAGCCCUAAAACAAGAACCAUUCCCUCUACACCGGCAACUACCACCUGGCCGGAGCUGCUACAUACCAAGGAGCCCUAGUCUUACGUCGAGCGCAAUCGAAGAACCCACAUAGUACCUCCUCUAGAAUCAGCCAUCCUGGCGGACGACAUGGAACACUCAGACUCCGCGAGUCUGGGUUCGGAUGUGAUGUCGGAGGAAGAGGACGACCUCUACGGAGGAGGCUCCCGACAGCCAAAAGAAGCGGCGAACGGCACCACGGCCGAAGCAGAGGAUGACGAUGAAGAAGUAGAUAUGGAGCAGGAUGACGAAGAGGAGGAUGAGGAGGAGGAGGAGGAGGAAGAAGAAGAGGAAGAGAGCGACUCGGAUAUCGAGUUCAUCACAGAAAAGAAAGCAGCUCCGCCUCCCGAGCCUUCAGGUCGCUCGCGAGAGCCCUCGAAACCAGAACGCAGAGAGUCUAUCUCACACGACACAUCGCAGAAAACUACCGCUCCAUCCACCUCCGCUGCCACCGCCGAAGCGAAGAAGGAAUUACCCACAAGAUUAGGGACCGACUACCCCGAAAUCCGGACCUCCUCGAUUGAUGUCAACGCGAUGCCAACCUGGGGCGACACGGGGAAGUCCCUCGCCGAGAUGGAUAUUGAUGCCGAUUUCGCUGAACACACCAAACCCUGGCGUCUCCCUGGUGCCGACCAAUCCGACUAUUUCAAUUACGGCUUCGAUGAAUUCACCUGGACCACCUACUGCCUCAAGCAAAAGUCCAUGACCGGCCAACUUGCCGACCAGAAAGCCGAGACCACUAAGUUCGAGAUGAUGUUCGGCGGCGGAGUUCCAGGAGGCAUGCCGGGCAUGCCUUCUGCCAGCGGCGCCAAUGCCCAGCAACCCGCCGCCCCUGCCCAGAGCGCACAGCCCGGGAUGGGGAUGGGAGGCAUGCCCAGCAUGCCCGGGAUGUCGGACGACAUGAUGCAGCAGAUGAUGGCGACCUUCAUGCAGCAGGGCAUCACCGAUCCGAAUCAGCUCGACUUUGGAACGUUCGUUCAGCAGAUGCAGCAGGUGCAAGGCGGCGGCCCGGGAGCCGGGGCCGGAGGUGGUGGCGGGAUGGGGCAGAAUAUUCCUCAGGGUCCGGCGGCGCAGCAAAGUGGUGGUUAUGGGCAGGGACAAGGACAGGGUAACUGGGGCGGCGGUGGUGGUGGGGGACGAAGGGGACGAGGGAGGUGGUAAUAGGUGCGAGAGGUUCUCUGUGUGAUUUAAUCGCCUCGUAUUACAGAGCAGCCCAAGAAUUGACGAUUCAGGCCUAUCACGAUGGGUUAGCCAAGGAGUGGCCGCUGGCUGCCUUCUUGGAUGGGUUAGGGACAACGGUAAUAGUAGUCCAAAGAGGGAAAGGCAUACUGCCGUAUCUUCGCGCCAUCAAGUUUCUCAAUGACUUGAAAAGAAAGGGGCAAUAGGCUAUAAUGGACAUCAGGCGGGUUGUAAGUCAGCAUAGGAGCAAGUCCGCUCCGAAGUACCUGUCGCCUAAGGAGAAUCCGUCGUUAGAGGGUCAACAAGGCGUACUGAAAUCGCGGUUGGCCUGGCUACUUGAGACCUGUAGCCCCGAGCGAAAUAGCCCCUUU